AUGGCCGCGGCGGCGUGGCCCGGGGUCACCGCGGGGGUCGUGGCCAUCGGCGUCCUGUGGGUGACAGCCGUGGGGGCAGCCACGGGAUCCCGGGUGGAUCCCGGGCAAAUCCCGGGCAGAUCCCAGCGGAUCCCGGCACAUGCCGUGGCUGCCCGCAGGCGCUGGUGCGAGCGGACGGUGCCGGUGACGGAGCAGGAGGAGGUGACGCCACGGCGCGAGGCCGCGGUGCCGUGUCCCAGUUUGUACCAGUACAGCCUGGCCGGGUGGCGGCUGGACCGGGAGCGCACGCGCCGGGAACGCGGGAAUGCCCCCGGGGACACCGGCACCGAGCCCGCCCUCUGCUACAUCUACCGCCCCCCGGAGGUGCAGCCGGUGGUCCGGAACCGCACGGAGCGGGGCUGCUGCCCCGGCUGGAGCGGCGCCCGCUGCACCGAGGGUGAGGGGGACACGGGGGUGGCACCCGGGGGCCCCGGCUCCCUGGGCCGCUGUUUCAGCGCCUGGCAGUGCCAGGACAGCUCUGGUGGCAGCAAUGGCAGCGCCAUGAGCCGCGCCGAGUGCUGCCAGCACCCCUGGGGACACAGCUGGCGCCGCGGGGACCCUGGGGACAGCGGCGGGCCCUGCCUGCCCUGCACCCGCCUGCCCCUGGGCGGGGACGGGCGCUCCCCGCGCCACCGCAGCCCCCCGGCCCUGUGCCAGGCCUGGGCCGGGACGCGCUUCCGCACCUUCGACGGGCGGCACUUCGGCCUCGCCGGGAGCUGCCGGUACCGCCUGGCCGCCGCCACCGACGGCACCUGGCACGUCACCGUCCGCCUGGGACAGCCCCGGGUGCUGCUCAUGACCUUCGGCACGGACACGGUGGUGGCCGAGGGACGGAACGUGUCGGUGAACGGGGCGGCGCUGCCCGAGGGACGCCCCUACCUGCACAAAGGGCUCGGUGUCACCUGGCCGGGUGACUGGGUGGCCGUGGCCAGCGGCCUGGGCGUGCGGGUGGCCUGGGACACGGAGCUGGCGGUGACAGUGACAGCGGAGCCCGAACUGCGCGGUGGCACUUGGGGGCUCUGCGGCACCUACACCGACGACCCCGCGGACGACUUCGUGCGCCCCGACGGGGACAUCGCUGCCGUCGCCGCCGCCUUCGGCAACGCCUGGAAGGUGCCCGCGGCUGGCACGGAGGUACCCGAGGGGCCGGGCUGGCACCUGGUGCCCAUCUGGGGGUCCCCGGGGGUCAGCCCCGCGCUGAGGGACCCCCGCCUCAGCCCCCGUGCAGGGACGUGCCGGAGGGUGGCACCAGGUGUGGCCCAGGAACCGGGCUGUCCCCUCUGUCCCCUCUGUCCCCUCCCCGCCGUGCCGCCGGUGCCACCGCGGUGUCACCUGUCCGCAGAGCGCCGCUGCCACGCGGGGCAGCGCUUCUCCGACUGCGUGUCCCUGUGCCCGGUCACCUGUGCCACCGCGGGCAGCGCCGAGCCGGGCUCCUGCCACCGCCACUGCCACGGCGGCUGCGAGUGCGGCCCGGGGCUGGCCCGCGACGGGGACAGCUGCGUCCCCCCGGCCGCCUGUCCCUGCCACCACCGGCGGCAGCGCUACGAGCCCGGCCAGAGCAUCCGCCAGCGCUGCAACCGCUGCACGUGCGAGGGUGGCCGCUGGCGCUGUGAGCAGCAGCGGUGCCCGGCCGAGUGCACGGUGCUGGGGGGGCGUCACUUUGUCACCUUCGACCGCCGCCGCUUCUCCCUGCCGGCCCCGUGCGCCCACACCCUGCUGGAGGACGUGGUGGCGGGGCGGCUGCUGAUCACCGCCGAGCACGAGCCGUGUGACAGCGACCGGCCCCGCGACUGUCGCCGCAGCCUCACCGUCACCACCGGCCGCACCACGGCCCGGCUCCACGGCACAGGGGAGGUGACAGUGGCCGGGCGGGAGGUGACACUGCCCUUCUCCGGCGCCGGGCUGAGCAUCCGCCGCGCGUCCUCGGCCUUCGUGCACCUGCAGCUGCCCGAGGCCCACCUGCUCUGGGGGCUGGGGACCCCCGACACCUUCAUCACCCUCCAGCCCGCCAUGGCCGGCACGGUGCGGGGGCUCUGCGGGACCUUUAACGGGGACCAACGCGACGAUUUCACGACGCCGGAGGGGGACGUGGAGCCGGGGGUCGCCGCCUUCGCCAACGCCUUCCGGGCGGCCGGAGCCUGCCCGGCGCUGGGCCCCGGUGCUACCGACCCCUGCGCCGCCUUCCCCGGGGACCGGGAGCGCGCCGAGGCCGCCUGCGCCGUGCUCCUGGGACCGGCAUUCCAGCCGUGUCAUCGCGUGGUGGACCCGGAGCCGUUCCUGGAGCUGUGCCGCUGGGACGUGUGCUCCUGCCGGGACCGGGACCGGGAGCGGGACCGGGAAUGGGAGCGGUGCCUCUGCCCGGCGCUCGGCGCCUACGGCCGAGAGUGCGCCCGGGAGGGGACGGAGCUGCAGUGGAGGAACCGGAGCCUCUGCGAGGAGCCGUGUCCCGGGGGGCAGCAGUACCGGGACUGUGGGGGUCCCUGCGGCCGCUCCUGCUCGGAGCCCCCCGGGGCCGGUGACUGUCCCCCUCCGGACACCUUCUGCGUCCCCGGCUGCCGCUGUCCCCCGGGGCUGCUGCUGGCCCAGGGGGGACAGUGUGUGCCCCCCGCCGCCUGCCCGUGUCCCCGCGGCGCCCGCCUGUACCCGCCCGGCGCCCGCAUCCACCGCGGCUGCCAGGCCUGUGUGUGCGCAGGGGGGUCGUGGCGCUGCGCCCCCGGCCCGUGUCCCCCCGGGCCGCGCUGUCCCCCGGGGCUGCGGCACGCCCCGGGCUCCUGCCUGCGCCGCUGCGACCCCGCCGAGCCCGCCGGUACCUGCGGCGGCCCCGCCGACGGCUGCGUCUGUCCCCCCGGGACGCUGUUCCUGGACGGGCGCUGCGUGCCACCGGACCAGUGUCCCUGUCACCACGGCGGGCAGCUGUACCCGCCCAACGCCACCAUCGCCCGCGACUGCAACACCUGCGUGUGCCAGGGACAGCGGUGGCACUGCGGGCGCCAGGAGUGCGCGGGGGUCUGCGUGGCCACGGGGGACCCGCACUAUGUCACCUUCGAUGGCCGCGCCUUCACCUUCGCGGGGGACUGCGAGUACCUGCUGGCGCGGGAGGCCACCGGGCUCUUCGCUGUCACCGCCGAGAACGUCCCCUGUGGGGCCACCGGUGUCACCUGCACCAAGUCCGUGGUGGUGGCCAUGGGCAACACCGUGGUGCACAUGCUGCGGGGGCGAGAGGUGACAGUGAACGGGGUGGCCGUGCGACCCCCGAAGGUGUUCGGGGGGUCGGGGCUGACGCUGCAGCGCGCGGGGCUCUUCCUGCUGCUCCUGACGCGCGUGGGGGUGGCCGUGCUGUGGGACGGAGGGACACGCGUGUACGUGCGGGUGUCCCCGCGGCUGCGGGGCCGCCUGGCCGGGCUCUGCGGCAACUUCGACGGCGACGCCGAGAACGAUUUCGGGAACCGGGACGGGGCCCUCGAGGCCACCCCCGAGAUCUUCGGGGACUCCUGGAGGCUCAGCCCCCUCUGCCCCGAGGCCGAGGGCCACCGCCCGCACCCCUGCGAGGACAGCCCCCAGCGCUCGGCCUGGGCGCGGGGUCGCUGCGGGGUCCUGCGCCAUCAGCUCUUCGCCCCCUGCCACGAGCUGGUGCCCCCCCAGCGCUUCUACGAGUGGUGCCUGUUCGACGCCUGCGGCUGUGACAGCGGCGGGGACUGUGAGUGCCUCUGCACGGCCCUCGCCGCGUACGCCGAGGAGUGCGGCCGGCGGGGGAGAGCCCUGCGCUGGCGGAGCCAGGGGCUGUGCCCCCUGCAGUGCGAGGGGGGGCAGGAGUACAGCCCUUGCGGCCCCCCCUGCCCCCCCACCUGCCGCGACCUCGGCCGGGACCCCCCCGAGCUCUGCGGGGCCCUGGGGUGCCUCGAGGGGUGCUUCUGCCCCCCCGGGCGGGUCCUGCACGACGGGCUGUGCGUGGAGCCCCCCGCCUGCCCCUGCUUCUGGGACGGCUUCGCCUUCCCGGCCGGUGCCACCGUCACCCAAGGGUGCAGCAACUGCACGUGCCUGGAGGGGCGCUGGCGGUGCCCCCCGAGCCCGUCCCGGUGUCCCGCCGCCCCCGGCUGUGCCCCGGGGGAGUUCCGCUGCCGGGCCGGGGGGCUCUGCGUACCGGGGGCCUGGCUCUGCGACAACGAGGACGACUGCGGGGACGGCUCGGACGAGCUGUGCGACCCCCCCUGCGCCCCCCAGCAGCCGCGCUGCCCCGGGGGGCGCUGCCUGCCCUGGGGGGCGCGCUGCGACGGUGUCACCCACUGCCCCGACGGAUGGGACGAGGUGGGGUGCCCGGGCCGGGUCUGCGAGCCCCCCGACUUCGCCUGUGCCGGGGGUCGCUGCCUGCCCCCCGCCCGGCUCUGCGACGGUCGCCUCGAUUGUCCCCCCGGGGACGACUCGGACGAGGCGGGCUGCGCCCCCCGGUGCGGGCCGGGGCAGUUCCGGUGCGGGGGGGGCCGGUGUGUCCCCUACGGCCACCGCUGCGACGGCCGCGACGACUGCGGGGACGGGAGCGACGAGAGCGGCUGUGCCUGUCCCGAGGGGCACCUGCCGUGCCCGGGAGGCGGCUGCCAGCCCCCCGCCGCUCUCUGCGACGGUCACCGCCACUGCCCCGACGGCGCCGACGAGGCCAACUGCCCCGCGCGGGCCACCUGCGCCCCCGGCACCGUCCCCUGCCCCGACGGCUCCUGCGUGCCCGAGGCCGCCGUGUGCGACGGUGCCCGCGACUGUCGCGACGGGUGGGACGAGAGCCCGGCGGGCUGCGCGGUGGCACUGCCCCCCGCGCCGCUGGCACCUGGCACCGCUGGCACCGAUGUCACCGAUGUCACCGAUGUCACCGCUGGCACCGAUGGCACCGAUGGCACCGACACUGUCACCGAUAUCACCGACACUGUCACCGAUAUCGCCGCCAUUGUCACCGAUAUCACCGCUGUCACCGCUGUCACCGAUACUAUCACCGCUGUCACCGAUGUCACCGCUGUCACCGACACUGUCCCCGAUAUCACCGCCACUGUCACCGAUAUCACCGCCGCUGUCACCGCUGUCACCGCUGUCACCGAUGGCACCGAUGUCACCGCUGUCACCGACACUGUCCCCGAUAUCACCGCCACUGUCACCGAUAUCGCCGCUGUCACCGCUGUCACUGACACUAUCACCGCUGUCACCGAUGUCACCGCUGUCACCGACACUGUCACCGAUGUCACCGGCAUUGUCGCCGACGCUGUCACCGCCGACGCUGUCAUCGCGGUCACCGGCAGCGCCAUCGGCACUGUGGCGAGCACUGCCACUGUCAGUGACACUGACGCUAUCGCCGACACCGCCACUGUCACUGUCCCCGCCACUGUCACCGGCCCUGUCCCCGCCACUGUCACCGCCCCGGCAGCGCCCUGCCCGCCCCGGUCCCUGCGCUGCGCCAGCGGCGGCUGCGUCCCGCGGGGGUGGCGCUGCGAUGGCGACAGCGACUGUCCCGAUGGCAGCGACGAGAGCGGCUGCGACCCCCCGUGCGCCCCCGGCCACCUGCCCUGCGACCCCCUCUGCGUCCCCCCGCACCGCCUCUGCGACGGCGUCCCCGACUGUCGCAACAGCGCCGACGAGAGCCCCCAGCUCUGCGAGCCCCCCGGCCCCGGGAGCAGCCCGCGGGGUCCCUGCGCGGAGUUCGACUGCGGGGACGGGGAGUGUGUCAGCUUCCAGCAGGUGUGUGACGGGCUGCGGGACUGCGCCUCGGCCGGGGACGAGCGGGGCUGCGGCCUCUGGGGGUCCUGGGGACCCUGGGGGUCCUGCAGCCGCCCCUGCGGGCCCGGGGGGCAGCGCCGCGCCCGGGGGUGUCACCAGCGUCACCCCGGCCUGCUGCGGGGCUGCCGGGGACAGAGCCAGCAGGAGAGACCCUGCUUCCACCGGGCCUGCCCGGAGGAGCCGUGUCCCGGGGGGCAGCAGUACCGGGACUGUGGGGGUCCCUGCGGCCGUUCCUGCUCGGAGCCCCCCGGGGCCGGUGACUGUCCCCCUCCGGACACCCUCUGCGUGCCCGGCUGCCGCUGCCCCCCGGGGCUGCUGCUGGCCCAGGGGGGACAGUGUGUGCCCCCCGCCGCCUGCCCGUGUCCCCGCGGCGCCCGCCUGUACCCGCCCGGCGCCCGCAUCCACCGCGGCUGCCAGGCCUGUGUGUGCGCAGGGGGGUCGUGGCGCUGCGCCCCCGGCCCGUGUCCCCCCGGGCCGCGCUGUCCCCCGGGGCUGCGGCACGCCCCGGGCUCCUGCCUGCGCCGCUGCGACCCCGCCGAGCCCGCGGGCACCUGCGGCGGCCCCGCCGACGGCUGCGUCUGUCCCCCCGGGACGCUGUUCCUGGACGGGCGCUGCGUGCCACCGGACCAGUGUCCCUGUCACCACGGCGGGCAGCUGUACCCGCCCAACGCCACCAUCGCCCGCGACUGCAACACCUGCGUGUGCCAGGGACAGCGGUGGCACUGCGGGCGCCAGGAGUGCGCGGGGGUCUGCGUGGCCACGGGGGACCCGCACUAUGUCACCUUCGAUGGCCGCGCCUUCACCUUCGCGGGGGACUGCGAGUACCUGCUGGCGCGGGAGGCCACCGGGCUCUUCGCUGUCACCGCCGAGAACGUCCCCUGCGGGGCCACCGGCGUCACCUGCACCAAGUCCGUGGUGGUGGCCAUGGGCAACACCGUGGUGCACAUGCUGCGGGGGCGGGAGGUGACAGUGAACGGGGUGGCCGUGCGACCCCCGAAGGUGUUCGGGGGGUCGGGGCUGACGCUGCAGCGCGCGGGGCUCUUCCUGCUGCUCCUGACGCGCGUGGGGGUGGCCGUGCUGUGGGACGGAGGGACACGCGUGUACGUGCGGGUGUCCCCGCGGCUGCGGGGCCGCCUGGCCGGGCUCUGCGGCAACUUCGACGGCGACGCCGAGAACGAUUUCGGGAACCGGGACGGGGCCCUCGAGGCCACCCCCGAGAUCUUCGGGGACUCCUGGAGGCUCAGCCCCCUCUGCCCCGAGGCCGAGGGCCACCGCCCCCACCCCUGCGAGGACAGCCCCCAGCGCUCGGCCUGGGCGCGGGGUCGCUGCGGGGUCCUGCGCCAUCAGCUCUUCGCCCCCUGCCACGAGCUGGUGCCCCCCCAGCGCUUCUACGAGUGGUGCCUGUUCGACGCCUGCGGCGGCGGGGACUGUGAGUGCCUCUGCACGGCCCUCGCCGCGUACGCCGAGGAGUGCGGCCGGCGGGGGAGAGCCCUGCGCUGGCGGAGCCAGGGGCUGUGCCGUGAGUCCGCCCGGGCUCCGGGGUACCGGGGGUACCGGGGGGUGCCGGGGGUACCGGGGGGUGUCGGCCCUGCAGUGCGAGGGGGGCAGGAGUACAGCCCUUGCGGCCCCCCCUGCCCCCCCACCUGCCGCGACCUCGGCCGGGCCCCCCCCGAGCUCUGCGGGGCCCUGGGGUGCCUCGAGGGGUGCUUCUGCCCCCCCGGGCGGGUCCUGCACGACGGGCUGUGCGUGGAGCCCCCCGCCUGCCCCUGCUUUUGGGACGGCUUCGCCUUCCCGGCCGGCGCCACCGUCACCCAAGGGUGCAGCAACUGCACGUGCCUGGAGGGGCGCUGGCGGUGCCCCCCGAGCCCGUCCCGGUGUCCCGCCGCCCCCGGCUGCGCCCCGGGGGAGUUCCGCUGCCGGGCCGGGGGGCUCUGCGUGCCGGGGGCCUGGCUCUGCGACAACGAGGACGACUGCGGGGACGGCUCGGACGAGCUGUGCGACCCCCCCUGCGCCCCCCAACAGCCGCGCUGCCCCGGGGGGCGCUGCCUGCCCUGGGGGGCGCGCUGCGACGGUGUCACCCACUGCCCCGACGGAUGGGACGAGGUGGGGUGCCCGGGCCGGGCCUGCGAGCCCCCCGAUUUCGCCUGUGCCGGGGGUCGCUGCCUGCCCCCCGCGCGGCUCUGCGACGGCCGCCUCGAUUGUCCCCCCGGGGAUGACUCGGAUGAGGCGGGCUGCGCCCCCCGCUGCGGGCCGGGGCAGUUCCGCUGCGGGGGGGGCCGGUGUGUCCCCUACGGCCACCGCUGCGACGGCCGCGACGACUGCGGGGACGGGAGCGACGAGAGCGGCUGCGGCUGCCCCGAGGGGCACCUGCCGUGCCCGGGGGGCGGCUGCCAGCCCCCCGCCGCUCUCUGCGACGGUCACCGCCACUGCCCCGACGGCGCCGACGAGGCCAACUGCCCCGCCCGGGACCCCUCUGCCCUGGGACCACCCCGCGAGACCCCCGCCCACCUGGGGACCACCCCCAUCCGCCCCGAGAGGCUCCCGAUCCAGGGACUCCCCCCCGGGACCCCCACCCGGGACCCUUCACCCUGGGAACCCCCACCCGGGGACCAGCCCGGGACCCCUCUGCCCUGGGACCACCCCGUGAGACCCCCCCCCAACCUGGGGACCACCCCCAUCCGCCCCGAGAGACUCCCCCCCGGGACCCCCACCCGGGACCCCCACCCGGCAUCGCCCCUUUGGGGACCCCACCCCGUGAGCCCUUCACGCCUCUGGGACCCCCCCUGGACACCACUGCCCCGCGGCGGCGGUGUCACCGCUGUCCCCGCGUCCCCAGCGCGGGCCACCUGCGCCCCCGGUACUGUCCCCUGCCCCGACGGCUCCUGCGUGCCCGAGGCCGCCGUGUGCGACGGUGCCCGCGACUGUCGCGACGGGUGGGACGAGAGCCCGGCGGGCUGCGCGGUGGCACUGCCCCCCGCGCCGCUGGCACCUGGCACCGCUGGCACCGAUAUCACCGCCACUGUCACCGAUAUCGCCGCUGUCGCCGCUGUCACUGACACUGUCACCGCUGGCACCGAUGGCACCAACACUGUCAUCGAUGUCACCGCCGCUGUCACCGCUGGCACCGAUGGCACCGAUGGCACCGACACUGUCACCGCCACUGUCACCAAUAUCACCGCCGCUGUCACCGCCACUGUCACCGAUAUCACCGCCACUGUCGCCGCCACUGUCACCGAUGUCACCGACACUAUCACCGAUAUCACCGCCACUGUCACUGAUAUCACCGACAUUGUCGCCGAUGUCACCGGCAUUGUCGCCGACGCUGUCACCGCCAACACUGCCAUCGCGGUCACCGGCAGCGCCAUCGGCACUGUGGCGAGCACUGUCGCUGUCAGUGACUCUGACGCUAUCGCCGACACCGCCACUGUCACUGUCCCCGCCACUGUCACCGCCCCGGCAGCGCCCUGCCCGCCCCGGUCCCUGCGCUGCGCCAGCGGCGGCUGCGUCCCGCGGGGGUGGCGCUGCGACGGCGACAGCGACUGUCCCGAUGGCAGCGACGAGAGCGGCUGCGACCCCCCGUGCGCCCCCGGCCACCUACCCUGCGACCCCGCCUGUGUCCCCCCUCACCGCCUCUGCGACGGCGUCCCCGACUGUCGCGACAGCGCCGACGAGAGCCCCCAGCUCUGCGAGCCCCCCGACCCCGGGACCAGCCCGCGGGGUCCCUGCGCGGAGUUCGACUGCGGGGACGGGGAGUGUGUCACCUUCCAGCAGGUGUGUGACGGGCUGCGGGACUGCGCCUCGGCCGGGGACGAGCGGGGCUGCGGCCUCUGGGGGUCCUGGGGGCCCUGGGGGUCCUGCAGCCGCCCCUGCGGGCCCGGGGGGCAGCGCCGCACCCGGGGGUGUCACCAGCGUCACCCCGGCCUGCUGCGGGGCUGCCGGGGCCAGAGCCAGCAGGAGAGACCCUGCUUCCACCGGGCCUGCCCGGUGGACGGCGCGUGGGGCCCGUGGGGGCCCUGGUCCGACUGCCCGGGGGGCUGCGGGGGGGUCCGGCUGCGCAGGAGGGGGUGCCGGCCCCCCCAGAACGGCGGCCGCGCCUGCGAGGAGCUGCGCGGGGGGACCCCCGGAGCCCUGGAGAUGGCCCCCUGUGCCCCGGGGGGCUGCCCCAACGCCUCGGGGUGCGCGGAGGGGCUGCGCCCCCUGCCCUGCGCCCCCUGCCCCGCCUCCUGCGCCGACCUGGCGGCCGCCGUGCCCUGCCCGCGACCCCCGCCCUGCCGCCCAGGGUGCUGGUGCCCGGCGGGGCAGGUGCUGGACGCCCCCGAGGCGGGCGCGGGGCCCGCGCGGUGCGUGCGGCCGCCGCGGUGCCCGUGCCGGGCCGGGGGCCGCCGGUACCCCCCGGGAGCCCCGGUGCCACUCGGUUGUCGCCUGUGCACCUGCCUGGAGGGGCAGCUGCGGCACUGCCGCCCCCACGCCGGCUGCUCAGUGGACUGCGGGUGGUCGUCGUGGUCGCCGUGGGGGGAGUGUACGGGCGGCUGCGGGACCCCCGGCGUGCAGUGGUCGUUCCGCAGCCCCUCGGACCCGGCGCGGCGCGGCGCGGGGCGGCCCUGCCGCGGCAUCUACCGCAAGGCGCGACGGUGCCGCACGGCGCCGUGCCCGCGCUGCCGGGAGCGCGGCCGGUGGCGCAGCCCCGGGGAGCGGUGGCGCGGGGGUCCGUGCCGGGUGUGCCAGUGCCUGCCCGGUGGCACCGUCCGCUGCGCGCCCUACUGUCCCCUGCGCCGCUCCGGAUGUCCCCCGGGCCGCGUGCUGCGGGAAGGGGACGGCGGCUCCUGCUGCACCUGCGGCCCCGCGGGUGACAACGCCACGGCCACGCCGCCCGCGACCACGACAGCGCUGUCCCCCCCCGCGCCGACCGGAGCCACCGGCAGCCCCCGCCCCACGGCCGGGCCCGAGGGGCUCAGGAGCGCCGAGACCCCCCCGGAGCCCCCCCGGAACCGCGACCCCACCCGAGGACACCCCGAGAGCCCCCGGAGGCUCCGCGACCCCCCGCGAGCCCCCCCAACUCCCCGCGCUGUCCUCGUGGGCUCCCACGGGGGUCCCCCCCGCGACCCCCACAGCCGCUCCUGCGGGGUGGGGGUCGCUCUGCGGCGCCGGGGGGAGACCCCGCCCGAGGGGGGCUGCGCCCACCCCCCCGACACCGACAGCCGCGUCUGCUUCCUGCGAGCCUGCCCAGUCGCGGGUGGGUGGGCGCCCUGGGGGUCCUGGAGCUCCUGCGACGCCCCGUGCGGGGGGGGGCACCGGAGCCGCCGCCGCAGCUGCAGCGACCCCCCCCCAAAAAACGGGGGGCGGCCGUGCGAGGGAGGGGCUCUGCAGAGCCGACCCUGCAACCUGCGGCCCUGCGGGGACCCCCCAGCUCUGGGGGUCUCCGAGGGGCUCCCCAGGGUUUGGAGCAGCCCCCCACUUCUCUCCAGCGCCUGUGGGGUCCCCGCGGGGGUGAUGGGGGUCCCCGGGAAUCGGGGCCCCCCCGAAUCCUGCGGGUGGUCGCGCUGGACCCCCUGGACCCGCUGUGACUGCGGCACCGGGACCCGGCAGCGCUUCAGGUCUCCCACCAACCCCGCGGCCGCCGAGGGCGCUGCCCCGUGCACCGGGACCCCACGGGAGGUUCGGGGCUGUCCCGAACUCUGCGGACCCGAGCCCGCGGGGGGCACGGAGACCCCCGAGUCCCCAGGGCAGCCGUGGGGCACGGAGCCCACGCGGGGCACGGAGCCCACGCGGGACACGGAGCCCACCCGGGACACGGAGCCCACGCGGGGCACGGAGCCCACCCGGGACACGGAACCCACGCGGGGCACGGAGCUGCCGUGGGGCACGGAGCCCACGCGGGGCACGGAGCCCACCUGGGACACGGAGUCCACGCGGGGCACGGAACCGCCGUGGGGCACGGAGCCGCUGUGGGGCACGGAGCCCACCCGGGACACGGAGCCCACGCGGGGCACGGAGCCCACGCGGGGCCGGUGGUCGCCGUGGGGGCCGUGGGGCGGCUGCAGCGCUCGGUGCGGGGGGGGGAGAGCGGUGGCGCCGCCGGAGCUGCGGGACCCACGCCUCCUGCCUGUGGGGCCGCCUGCGCUGCGCCCCCCCCGGGGGCUCCCCCUGCACCGGGACCCCCCCGGCGGCACCGACCUGCCCGAGCCCCCCGUGCGCCGGUGGGUCCCGCCCCACAGCCCCGCCCCACAGCGGGGCCGCAGCCCCACGGACCGGGGGGUGCCGGCGGGCCCGGGGCUCACGGCUGCUUUGUGCCCCACAGCGGAGCCCAGCCCCAUAACGGAGCCCGGCCCCAUAACGGAACUCGGACCCAUAUCGGAGCCCGGCCCCACAGCCGAGCCUGGCCCCACAGCAGAUCUGAGCCCCAUAAUGGAGCCCGGUCCUAUAUCAGAGCCCGGCCCCACAGCGGAUCUUAGCCCCACAGCCGAGUCCAGCCACAUAACGGAUUUCAGCCCCAUAUCGGAGCCCGGCCCCACAGCGGAACCCGGCCCCAUAACGGAUUUCAGCCCCAUAUCAGAGCCCGGCCCCAAAUUGGAACCCGGCCCCAUAACGGAUUUCAGCCCUAUAUCGGAGCCCGGCCCCACAGCGGAUCUCGGUCCCAUAUCAGAGCCCGGCCCCAUAACAGAUUUCAGCCCCAUAACGGAUUUCAGCCCCAUAUCGGGUCUCAGCCCCACACCCGAUCUCGGCCCUAUAUCAGAUCUCAGCUCCACAGCGGAUCUCAGCCCUAUAUCGGAUCCCGGCCCAAUAUCGGAUCUCGGCCCCAUAUCGGAUCUUGGCCCUAUAUCGGAUCUCGGCCCUAUAUCGGAUCUCAGCCCCACAGCCGAUCCCGGCCCCACAACCCCAGCCCCCCCCUGCGUGACGCCCCCCUGCCCGUGCCGCUGGAGCCCCUGGGGUCCCUGGGGGUCGUGCUCGCGGCCCUGCGGGGGGGGGCGGCAGCGGCGGCUCCGCGCCUUCGUGCCCCCCGGCCCGGGGGAGCCCUGGUGCCCCCAAAUCCUGGGGGGCCACGAGCAGCGGCGGCCGUGCGGGGUGACGGCGUGUCGGGUGGACGGCGCGUGGUCCCCGUGGGGUCCGUGGUCGCGCUGUGACGCCCCGUGCGGGGGGGGCCGCUCCGUGCGCAGCCGCUCCUGCUCCCGACCCCCCCCAAAAAACGGGGGGCGGCCCUGCCCCGGGGGGGGGCACGAGCUGCGGGUCUGCAACACCCGGCCCUGCGGCCCGCGGUGCCCCCCCGGGCAGACGGUGUCCCCCUGUGCCACCCGGUGCCCGCGGAGCUGCCGGGACCUGCAGGAGGGGGUGUCCUGCUCGGGGGGGGCUCCCUGCGAGCCCGGCUGCCGCUGCCCCCCCGGGACCCUGGAGCAGGACGGGGGCUGCGUCCCCCCCGCGCUCUGCGAGUGCCGCGACGCGGAGGGGCACCUUUGGGUGCCGGGGGGGGGCGGCCACCCCCGGGGCUGCCGGAACUGCACCUGCGCGGGGGGGCGGCUGCGCUGCGUGCCGGGGGGCUGCGCGACCCCCGGGACCCCCCCCGGGACCCCCCCCGGGACCCCCCCCGGGACCCCACCCUGCGCCUGGAGCCGCUGGAGCCGGUGGGGACCCUGCGGUGUCACCUGCGGGGGGGGGCGGCAGGAGCGCUACCGGACCCCCAUCCCCGCCGAGGGUGGGGGGGGACCCUGCGGGGCCCCCCAGGAACAGGCUCGGCGCUGCGAGGAGACGCCGUGCCCCCCCCUGUGCCCCUGGGCGGGGGGCGAGCGGGCGCUGGGCGAGCGCUGGAGCCCCGGGCCCUGCCGCCAGUGCACCUGCACCCCCGAGGGACCCCAGUGCUGGGACACCCCGUGUGCGGCCGAGCCGUGUGACUGGGGGCCCUGGGGACCCUGGGGACCCUGCGGAGAGCCCUGUGCGGGGGGGUCCCGCCUGCGCCACCGGCACCCCCGGAGCCCCGAGACCCCCGGGCGGGCGUGCGCGGGGGUCCGCACGCAGAGCGAGAGCUGCGCGUCCAGCGCCUGCCCCGGUAACCCCGCGCGGCCGCCCCCUCCCCGCCGCCCCGGAGCGCACCCCGGGGUGCUCAGGGCUCCCGUGCCCCCCACCCCAGACCCCGGUUGCGGCGGGGGGGGCCGGACCCGCAGCCCCUGCGCCGGGCACUGCCCCCGGACCUGCGCGGACACCUGGGCACCGGUGCUGUGCCUGCAGGGGCCGUGCCAGCCAGGGUGCCGCUGCCCCCCCGGGCAGCUGCUGCAGGACGGGCGCUGCGUCCCCGUGAGCCGCUGCCGCUGCGGGACCCCCGGCGGGGACACCGGGACCCCCGAGGUGGCCCCCGGGAGCCGCACCCAGAUCGGCUGUCACAGCUGCACCUGCGAGAACGGGACCCUGACGUGCCCAGCGCUGGCGUGUCCCUCUCCGGGGCCCGCCACGGCCGCCACCCCCGUGUCCCCCCGGUCCUCCGUGUCCCCCGUGUCCCCCGUGUCCCCCGUGUCCCCCGCCGUGUCCCCGUGGUCCCCCUGGUCCCGCUGCUCCCGCAGCUGCGGCGGCGGCACCCGGAGGCGGCAGCGGCAGUGCCGGGAGGGCCCCGGGGCGGGGCCGCCGUGCGGGGACAGCCCCGCGGAGGAGACGGCGGCGUGUAACCCCCACGCGUGCCCCGCGGGAUUCCCGGUGGCCCCAAGCUGCCCCCCGGGCGAGGUUUGGCUGGACCCCGGUCCCGCCUGCGAGCGCAGCUGCCAGGACCUGGCGGAGCCCCCCGGGACGUGCGGGGGGACCCCCGCGACCCUCGGGACCCCCGUAACUCCGGACGGCUCCGGCCCCCCCGGGAUCCCCGCGGCCCCCACGACUCUCGGGACCCCCGCGACUCUCGGGACCCCCUCGCCGCCCCCGCGCUGCGGCUGCGCCCCGGGCCGGUACCGGAACGGCUCCGGGCAGUGCGUGAGCGCGGGGGGCUGCGGCUGCCGGCACCGCGGGGCGCUGCGAGCGGCCGGCAGCGAGUGGCGGGAGCCGUGCGGGACCUGUCGCUGCUCCGAGGGACGCGUCACCUGCGCCACCUCCUGCCCCGCACUCAGCUGCCCGGAGGGCGCGGAGCCGGUGCGGGAGCCCGGGAGCUGCUGCCCCGUGUGCCGGGACGAGUGGCCAGAGGAGCCCCCCGGGCCGUGCCGGCUGCUCACGGCGCUCCGGAGCAUCGCCAAGGGCGCGUGUGUGCUGCGGGGCGUGCGGGUGUCCUACUGCGCGGGGCUGUGCCGCUCCCGCACCGCCGUCAGCGCGCAGGAGCCGUACGUGCGGUCGCUGUGCGAGUGCUGCAGUUACCGGCUGGACCCCGCGCGGCCCGUGCGGGCUCUGCUGCUGCCGUGUCCCCGCGGCCGCGCCCGCCCCGCGCUGCUGCCGCGCAUCGCCGAGUGCCGCUGCGAGCGCUGCCGGGGCGGAGACUUCAACCGGCGCUGAGGAGACCCCCGGACACCGCCCCCCCCCCCCCCCGCGCCGGCAUCGAUCCUCAUCGAUCCCAAUAAAUCCAUGGAGUCCGAUAA